AUGGCCUCCGAGGACUGCGAUUAUCCUUGGCUCGUGACAGACUCUGACGGGAAUUUCGAUCUUUGCGCAAUUCCCGACCGCCUCUUACGCCACCCCGAGAUACAGCGCCGAGGAAUUGUCCUGACUGAUGUUCUGAAGCCCGGGGCCGUAUUCAGCACUUUACCCCAGAUUGAUCCAGUCUAUGUCGUCAAGAUCAUCGACAUCAGCAUGGAGGAGCUUGCGAUUUAUCAACGACUGCUCCGUGAACUGAGGUGUCCGAAUAACCACACGCUGCCGUGCGAGAUUACGCUCAACGGCCAUCCACUACUCAUCAUGCCCUGGUUCUAUCGAUUCUGGGGCGCACAUUGCGAUAAAGAAACCGCAUCUACUCUUGUAGAUAUUAUCUACCAGCUCGUGGAGGGUCUGGAAUACCUGCAUAGCUUGCACAUCGUUCACAUGGAUAUGUGUAUGGACAACCUGCUCGCCGCGAAUCGUCACCAUGCAGCCCAGUACACAACCGCAACCGCGGACAGGAUGUACAUCAUCGACUUCGACUCGUCUCGCCAGUUCGCGCUCGGACCUGGCGUGCAGCGCGCGAUCACGCUUCCGGAGACCCAGGUUCGGAAGCCCAAUGGCUUGAAGCGCCUCGAUCCCUACUCCUGGGACGUGUACUGCACGGGACGCACACUUGAAGCGAUCACAAGGUUUAGAUACCAGAGUGUAACGGAGGCGCCACAUUCACUCGCCCAGAGCUUCAUCCAGUGGCUGAUUGGAGACGAACGGGGCUGCACUGGGGUGUGCCGCUGUCGCCCAACGGCGCGCAAUGCGCUGAAAGUGGCGCUUGUCCUCCGAUGGGCCUUUUGGAGCGCCGCGCCGGAAGACCACACCUGGGUGUUUGACGCGCUAUCGGGCCUGUGGACGGAUAACAUCGACGCUCCGUGA